AUGAGCGAAGAGGAGCUCCCCACUGCUGUCGCCGACACUGUUCUACGCUUUCUUUGCCACGAUGACAUAGACACAGUGAAGGAGCUAUGCGCCGAUUGGUUCCCGAUCGAGUAUCCAGACUCCUGGUACAGAGACAUCACCUCCAACAAGAAAUUUUUCUCAUUGGCAGCCACAUAUCAUGGGCAAAUAGUUGGCAUGAUUGUGGCAGAAAUAAAGAGCAGGACCAAAGUACACAAAGAGGAUGGGGACAUCUUGGCAUCCAGUUUCUCGAGUGACACACAAGUGGCGUAUAUUCUUAGCCUGGGUGUGGUAAAGGAGUUCAGGAAGCAAGGGAUUGGUUCCCUGCUGCUGGAGAGCUUGAAGAGUCACAUCUCCAGCACUGCCCAGGACCUGUGUAAAGCUCUGUACCUGCAUGUCCUGACUACCAACAGCAGUGCCAUCCGCUUCUAUGAGAACCGACACUUCCAUCAGCACCACUAUCUUCCCUACUACUACUCCAUCCGUGGGGUGCUGCAGGAUGCAUACACUUAUGUCUUAUACCUUAAUGGUGGUCACCCACCCUGGACAUUCACGGACUAUAUUCAACAUCUAGGCUCUGCGCUGGCCGGUCUCAGCCCCUGCUCUCUUCCUCAGAGGAUCUACCGUCAGGCUCACACGCUGUUGAGGAGUUUGCUACCCUGGUCUGGCAUCUCUGCCAAGAGUGGCAUCGAGUACAGUCGUACCAUGUGA